AUGUCAAAAAAAUCAAUUCUGGUUGAAAAUACUUGGGGAUCUCUCCCAUUCACCAUCGAUGGAAGCGAACAGUGGAUUAGAAACUUCAGAGACUACUCAAACUUAAAAUUAAAGACUAAUCACACAGCCAGACCCCUAUGGGUCUGCCCUGAUGGUUAUUUAUACCUAGAAUUAUUCACACCUGUUAGUAAGCAGGCACUAGACUUCAUAGUAACAAUCGCAGAACCAGUAUGUAGACCAGAAUUGAUACACGAAUAUCAAGUUACAGUGUUCUCAUUAUACACAGCAGUCUCAGUGGGACUCAGCUUCGAGGAACUUCUUAACAAUUUAAAUAAAUUUUCAAAGAACGAACUACCAAAAAAGCUUAAAGAAUCAAUUCUGAAUACAUCUUCAGCCUUUGGAAAAAUCAAGCUGGUCCUUCGUGAUAGCCGAUACUGGAUCGAAUCAUUUGAAAGAAGCGAACUUGACCUAUUACUCACAAACCAAGAAAUAAAAAAUUCUAGAAUACACUCAAAUAUCUGGGAUAAACAGCCACAAUUACAAAAUUCAACAUCAAAUCGAAACAAUGAAUAUGUAACAAUUUCAGUGCCAACCUCCGAUUUUUCUUUCGUUUUCAACAGAAACCAUGAAGCUCCUGAGUCUGAAGAAACAACAACGGCCAAAUUCGCUGGUAGAAGUGAUAAAACAACAACGAGACAAGUGUUUUCGUUUGAAGUCCAACAAGAAAAAAUCGAAGAUCUCAAAAGAGAGGCACUCCAAACCAUGCGCAGGCCUUUAGUAAUGGAAUAUGAUUUCAGAAAGGAUAAUAACUCACCUUCACUCAACUGUUGCAUAAGAUCAAAUAUUAAAAUUAGGUACUAUCAAGAGAGGGCGCUGAGAAGGAUGUUUAGUAACGGAAGAGCAAGAUCAGGAAUCAUUGUGCUACCUUGCGGAGCAGGGAAGACACUAACAGGAAUAGUUGCAGCGUGCACAGUAAGAAAGUCGAUUUUUGUCCUUACAACCUCUGCAGUUGCAGUAGAACAGUGGAUAAAGCAGUUCUUAGACUUCACCAACAUCUCUAGAACUAACUUGAUUUCACUCACCUCAGAGCAUAAGACAGACUUAUGGGAUGAAAAGGAUGCGGGAGUUCUAAUUUCUACAUAUACCAUGAUGUCAUACACAAGGAAGCAUAGGGAAAACACUGAGAGGAUCUUAAACCAGAUAAAGCAACGCGAAUGGGGAAUGCUAAUAUUUGACGAAGUACAAUUUGUACCAGCACCAGCUUUUAGACGCAUAAAUGAAAUCAUAAGGUCACAUUGUAAGCUUGGACUUACUGCCACACUAGUCCGAGAAGAUGAUUUGAUUCGGGACCUGCAAUGGUUAAUUGGACCAAAGCUAUACGAAGCCAACUGGCUUGAAUUGCAACAAAAGGGUUAUUUGGCCAAGGUUAUUUGCAAAGAGAUUUGGUGCCCAAUGACUGCACCUUUCUACAGAGAAUACCUUAGAAGCUCCAGUGUAAAGAAGAGAAGACUCUGGUCCUGUAACCCUGUGAAGUUAAUCACGUGCGAAUACCUCCUAAGGUUCCACGAGUCGCGUGGAGAUAAAGUAAUUGUAUUCUCAGAUAAUUUGUUUGCACUGCUGCACGCGGCCAAAUUGCUAAAUCGUCCCUUUAUCUACGGUAAAGUCAGCUCAGCAGAAAGAAUUGUAAUAUUAAAUAAGUUCAAGAACGAAACUACUUUCAAUACCAUCUUCUUGUCCAAAGUCGGUGACAAUGCACUGGAUAUACCCUGCGCAAAUGUGGUUAUACAGAUAUCGUUCAACUUCGCCUCAAGGCGCCAAGAAGCACAAAGGCUAGGGAGAAUUUUGAGACCCAAGUCCAAGACUGAUGAACAUGGAUUCAAUGCUUUCUUUUACAGCUUAGUAAGCAAGGAUACACAGGAGAUGGUGUUUGCCGAUAAGAGACAACAAUUCAUAAUAGAUCAGGGUUAUGCAUAUAACGUUACAAGUUUUUCAACCAUUGUUAAGGAUACAUCAAAUCUGUUGUACAGCAAGCCGAGUAUACAGCAAGAGUUACUCCAGGAUAUCAUCACAUCUGCGGAAGACGUUGAUGAUGAGGAAGAGGUUAAUCCAACGGAUUUAUUUACACCUACCAAUGAGAGUUCACUACAAGUAUCAAUAUCUCAGAAAAAAACCGGUCUUGCCUCCCUCUCUGGAUCACUCAAAAAUCAACUACAGUACAAACACCUUCUUCCGCCCUCCGAAAAACCAGCCAAGAAGUCCAAGUCCUCCUCAGAACAGCAUCCAUAUUUUAAGAAAUUGUACUCCACCAAAUAA